AUGUCAGUUGCACAUGUACAGGGCGAUGCACUAGGCUCGGAACGACCUGAGAUUUACUCGGAAGAGAUUGCUAUAAUUACUGAAAGUAAUUAUGUUUUAUCUCGCCUUCGCGCCGUGCUGGUGAAAGCAUCUUCCAGGAGGCUCACGGCAUGUUCAGGGAAAUUUUUCUGCUACCGCAUUUGUCUUGUAGCUCGUCAGAGGUUACGAGUCCGUAUUCUUGAAAUAACUGCUGUUGAUGUUGGAAUCGUUGCCAUCAAGGGCUUGUUCUCUGGCAGAUACCUGGCCAUGAACAAAAGGGGCAGACUUUAUGCGUCAGAAAAUUACAAUGCAGAGUGUGAGUUUGUGGAGAGGAUCCAUGAACUGGGUUAUAACACCUACGCCUCCCGUCUCUACCGAACUGUGCCGAACAGAGCCGGCACCAAGCGCAAAGCCAGUGCAGAGAGACUCUGGUAUGUCUCAAUCAAUGGGAAAGGACGACCCAGAAGGGGCUUUAAAACUCGCAGGACACAGAAAUCGUCUCUCUUUCUGCCCAGAGUAUUGGAUAACAAAGACCAUGAAAUGGUCCGACUGUUCCACACAAACGUGAAAUAUCGAGAGAGUCUCCUGAAGCCUCCGAGCAAGAACCAGCGAAGAAGGAGAGGACGCUGA